AUACAUCAAUAAAAGUCCAAUCUUAGUUACCAUAUAUAAGUAGCAGCGGAAAGAUUUUUUGAUAGUCUCCUGUCUCCGGUCAGUAGUUUGGAAAGAAGUGCGUGUGUGCGUGUGGGCGGGCAGGCUCUCCUCCUCACAUCCACCCGAAACGCCAGCCCCCCGACGCACACGGAUUUCGAGCAACCGGAAGAAAAAAGCCCACAAAACAGAAAAGGAAUACUCUGCUAGUACUAUUUAUUAUUGUCCCAAUUAAAGAUUUUGAUUAAAUAUUGAUUGAUUUCUUCUGAACAUUAAUUAUACCUGAAGGGAAGAUUAAAAUCCGGAGUGCAUCAGCUCUGAUCGGUUCAACUAUCCUUUUCUCUUCAUUUUUCUUCGGUCGUGCAGACAAGCUGAAGUGGUAGCAGAAGCUUACUGUGUAGAAAAUGGCUGCUAUUGACAGCAUCAUAACUUCACCUCAUAGGAGAUCUCAACCUCAGAGUGGGUUUUCUUCACCAAUGCUUAAAAAACAGAUGUCACGUGGGGAUGAAUUCGGGAACUGCUCAACCCUCAUUCAGCGGCACCGCUUCCUCCUUACUGCUCUGGCUCUUCUAGCUUUUCUCUGCACUGUUUACCUCUACUUUGCAGUAACCCUGGGUGGCAGUGACUCGUGCUCUGGAUUAUCCAGGGCUCAAAAAGCAGCAUGUCAUCUGCAGCAGGCAAAGGCAGCUGUAGGCAAGGGGAAAUUGAAAUUCUUCUAGCACCAUGGUUGGCUGCUGAUUUCAUUUUGACUAUAUCACUCUUGGAACCUGGAGGAGGAAAAUCUGAGAUAUAGACUUUUGAAUAUCAAGUAGGUUAGUUUAGCCCUCACUGCUUGAGUAGGAGGAUGUGAAAUUUUUUUUUGGAAAGCCAAAUGAUAAAAUUGUAGCCGAUUAAGUGAAUUCUCCCUCGUGGAAAGGGAUAAGUUGGGUUUUGGUGAUGAGGGUUGUGUUGUCAAUCAUGGUCAUAUUAUUUUUUGUUGUUAAUAGUAAGAACGGCUUUUGUUUAGCUUUUCAUAUACUUUUAUAACCCCCUAAGCUUUGCUUCGCUUGG